GGCGGCGGCGGCGGAGGCGGAGGAGGUGGCGGCGGCGGGGGCCGGUACCGGACCCGGCGGGAUGAGCGAGGCGGAGGCGGCAGCGGUGGCGACAGCGGCCCCCGCGGCGACGGUGCCCGCGACGGCGGCAGGGGUGGUAGCGGUGGUGGUACCGGUGCCCGCGGGGGAGCCGCAGAAAGCAGGCGGCGGGGCGGGCGGCGGCGGGGUCGGAGCCGCCUCGGGCCCCGCUGCCGGGACCCCCUCGGCGCCGGGUCCCCGCACCCCUGGCAACCCCGCGACGGCAGCGUCGGGGACCCCCGCGCCCCCGGUCCGGAGUCAGGCGGACAAGCCGGUGCUGGCAAUCCAAGUCCUGGGCACUGUCAAAUGGUUCAACGUCCGGAAUGGUUACGGAUUCAUCAACAGGAAUGACACCAAGGAGGAUGUCUUUGUUCACCAGACGGCCAUUAAAAGAAACAACCCCAGGAAGUUCCUGCGCAGCGUCGGAGAUGGGGAGACAGUGGAGUUCGAUGUCGUGGAGGGAGAGAAGGGUGCGGAAGCUGCUAACGUAACUGGGCCGGGGGGCGUGCCAGUGAAGGGCAGCCGCUAUGCCCCCAAUCGACGCAGGUUCCGCAGGUUCAUCCCGCGGCCUCGUCCAGCUGCCCCGCCACCCAUGGUGGCAGAGGCUCCGUCAGGCGGGGCUGAACCGGGCAGCGAAGGGGAGCGGGCCGAGGACUCUGGACAGAGGCCCAGGCGGCGGCGCCCACCUCCCUUCUUCUACCGACGGCGCUUUGUGCGAGGCCCUCGGCCCCCCAACCAGCAGCAGCCUAUAGAGGGCACCGACGGGGUAGAGCCCAAAGAGACAGCCCCAUUGGAGGGGGACCAACAGGGAGAUGAGCGUGUCCCCCCUCCCAGAUUCCGGCCUCGGUACCGAAGGCCUUUCCGCCCCAGGCCACCCCAGCAGCCUACCACAGAAGGUGGGGAUGGCGAGACCAAGCCCAGCCAAGGCCCCACUGAUGGGUCCCGGCCUGAGCCUCAGCGCCCACGAAACCGCCCCUACUUCCAGCGGCGGCGGCAGCAGCCCCCCGGACCCAGGCAGCCCACAGCCCCGGAGGUGAGGACCUGGGCUGCUUGGUGGGGGGCUAGGGGGACCUCAGCCCCCAUCAACAGUGGGGACCCCCCCACCACCAUACUGGAGUGACUCCAACACGAAGGACCCCCAGAGCUACCAUCUGGUUGUCUGCCAGUUUUUCCAGCUGCCCUGUACCCCACCCAGCACCCCUCCCCCCUUCCCAUGACUCAUGACAUCAAAACAUCGGCUUUCCCCUUUUCCUUGAGACUCAGGAGGGCCGAAGCAACAGCCGUUUGCUUCUUCUCUGUCCCCUACCAAGGGCUGAAGGAAGGGAUCCAUCCUGUUGUUCAGAGGCACCAUGUCCCUCCCCUGGAUCAGGCUGAGAAGGAACCAGCCAACUCUCACCUCCUCCUGGUUGUUUUUCUUUCCCACCCCAGUUUAUUUUUGGUCUCUCCUCUAGCCCCUACCUCUGAAGCCAUUUUAUGAACUGUCAUGUGCCACCUGAGCCUCCAGUAAAAACAAAAACAGGCUUUCCCUGUG